AAUACGUCCGUCUUAUUCAUGCUAGCUCGGUGGUAUCGGUGCUAGCUUGACGCGGUUCCGUCGUCGGAGGAUGUGACUCCAGCCUCCCUCCCUCCCUCCCUCCCGCUCGCGUGCCCAUCGGCCCUGUCCUCGGUUACCGUUUGUUUGUUUGUUUGUCUUCCUCGUGCCCUUUAAAACUGUCCUUUAAAUGGAGCUCGGUGGAAAUUAGCAGCCGCGUGCGUCGUCGACUUCGAAUCCGGGAACGUUGGAGGAUGAUCCACCGGCAGCUGCUUCUGUCCCAGAACUUGUACCAGAAUCGGUUCCUGGGUCUGGCCGCCAUGGCGUCUCCGACCCGCGGUGGCGCUCCAUCCCGUCAGCGCUGUAAGGACGCGGCUCGACUGGGUUUCAGCCCAGAGACAUUGGCCGUGUCCAGGCUGAACCCGGACGGCUUCGUCCUGGGUUUGUCCAGAUCCACCAGCGACAACGACCUGGUUUCCCCCGACGCCCGCUCCACCCUCACCAUCAGCUCCUCCCACUACACCAUCGGCCAAUCAGAGGACCUGCUGAUCACAUGGGACAUUAAGGAGGAAGUGGACGCUGGAGACUGGAUUGGAAUGUACCUGGUUGAUGAACCUCAGUCGGAGAACUUCCUGGAUUAUAAGAACAGAGGCAUCAGCGGCUCACACAAGGGACAGAUCGUCUGGAAAAUCGACUCCGCCUCUCACUUCAGUGACUCCGAGACCCAGAUCUGCUUCAGGUACUACCAUGGUGUCACCGGAGCUCUGAGGGCCACCACACCCAGCGUGACCAUCAAGACCGGACCGGCACUGGUGCUGAAGCCGGUGGUUAGUCCUGAAGUGAACCGUGGACUGGGCAACAGGAGGCUGAUUAACUUCUGCUUAUCGGACCUCCAGGCUGUUGGUUUAAAGAAGGGCAUGUUCUUCAACCCUGACCCCUACCUGAAACUGUCCAUCCAACCUGGAAAACACACCAUCUUCCCUUCACUGCCCCACCACGGCCAGGAGAAACGUUCCGGUGUGGUCUGUAACACCGUCAACCCCCAGUGGAGCUCAGAGAGGUUCACCUUUGUGUCUCUACCCACUGACGUCCUGGAGAUCGAAGUUAAGGACAAGUUUGCCAAGAGCCGACCGAUCAUCAAGCGCUUCCUGGGAAAGCUGUCGGUUCCAGUCCAGAGGCUGCUGGAAAAGCACGCCAUCGGGGACCGGGUGGUGAGUUACUCUCUGGGGCGGAGACUACCCACUGACCACGUCUGUGGUCAGCUGCAGUUCCGCUUCGAGCUGACGUCGUCUAUUCACCCAGAUGAUGAGGAGGUGUCACUGGUCAUAGAACCUCCGUGUCCUGGCGGUGGAACCGACGCUGACGUCCCUGAGGACGACACCCUGAGUGUGGGACCGGACAUGCCGGACCUCCCCCUGGACGCCCCACCCACUGACCCCCACCCCUCUGAACCACUGGAGUCCACGGCUGACCCCCCCACAUCGGAGGAACCCCCACCUGUUAAUGCUGAUGCUCCUGUGGAGGAGGAGGGGGAGGAGGUGGAGGAGGAGGAGGCAGCGGCAGAGGACGACAACACAGUGAGAGAGGAAACCCCUCCACCUGAACAGCACCAGCAGGUGGAGAACAGCAGAGAGGAGGAGGAGCCAGCAGUGGAGGAGGAGCCAGCAGAAGAGGAGGAGCCAGCAGAGGAGGAGGCUCAAGUCCAGGAGGAGGUGACGGCAGAGAGGGAGGGGCCUGAGGGAGAAACGCCCCCUAAAUCAGACCCUGAAGACCCCGUGGUGACGACAGGCGAAGAGGCAGCCCCCACAGACAUGAGUCCGGAGGGCGGGGGGGCUCCGUCCCAGGAGGCCGAAGGUCAAAUGGCCGAGGUGUCCCCUCGGGGGCCCGCAGACUCCUCCCCCUGCACCUGCCAGGCCCUGUUCGACUAUAGCUCCCACAACCCCCCCCGGCGUAAAAACCGGCCUUGCUCUCUGCCCGUGUCGGAGCUGGAGACGGUGAUCGCGUCAGCCUGCGGAGAACCCGAGACGCCGCGGUCCCACUACAUCCGCAUCCACCACCUCCUCCACAGUCUGCCCUCGGCCCAGCAGAGACCCCCCAGCCAGGAGGAGGAGGGGGGGGAGGGGGAGGAGGGCACCCAGACCAGAGCAGACAGCAGCGCCACGUCACCAACACUGAAAACCACCAAAGACAGAGAGGAGGACCAGGACCACGACCAGGACCACGACCAGGAUGAGGACGACGACACCACCCAGUCACCGUCUCAGGUUCCAGAGUGUCCUGGGCCCUGCUGUCGGCGCUCCCUGCCUCGUAGUCUGUCCAUUGAACGCCUGUCUGAGCUCAACCAGCUACUGGAGGGGGAGGGGGGGGGCAGACCCCCACCCGUCCGGAGGAUCUCCCCCUCCUGUCUGGACAGCGAGGAGGGAGACUCCAGCGGAGGCCGAAGAGUGGGCGGGACCUACAGACCUGUCGGCGACAACGAGUGUGAGUUCUGCGACACCUCCUGCUACAGCACCUCCUGCUACACCUCCUCCUGCUACAGCACCUCCUGUUACAGCAACGAGGGGCGGAGCCGCUUCUGUAGCCACACCCGCCUGUCCUCCGUGGACAGUAACCGGCUCUCCGGCAGCACCGUGUUCUCCUCGCAAGACGAAGAUGAAGACGAGGAGAACAGUGCUUUUGACUCCGCCCCCGACGCCGGUAACAGCCCAGAAGGACAACAGGCGGGGGGGUCCGGGGGCGAGAGGAGGGUGGGCCGGUGGAGGGAGGCCAGGAGGGCGGGAGGACACGGAGAAUCGGCGGUACCCGGACCCAGUGACAGGACCAACAUCGGCUCAGGCUCCUCCCCUCCUGUCGGCCAUCUUCCAGUCCUGCGGCCCAGCCAUGACCUAAACCAUUGUCCUGCCGCCACUGAGCCUGCCUUACCUCCAAACUGGGAGGCUCGCGUUGACAGUCACGGCAGGGUUUUCUACGUGGACCACGUCAACAGGACCACCACCUGGCAACGGCCCAGCCACAGCGGGAAAUGUACCCACAACCUGCCCCGGUCCGGAUCCACCCAGCAGAUGGAGCAACUGAACAGGAGGUACCAGAACAUCCAGAGGACCAUGGCCACAGAGGAGGAUGCUGGGAGUCUGAGUCCAAGUCCGAGUCAGAGGCUGGAGCGAAGCAGCAGCACUGAAACAGAAGUGGAUUCAGCUCCGACAGGUCCUUCGUCUCCUGUCAAUCAGCAGAAGAUCAGCUACCUCCUCCAGUCACCGGCGGUCAAGUUCAUCACACACCCAGAGUUCUUCACCAUGUUACACAGCAACUAUGGAGCCUAUCGGAUGUUCACCAGCAGCAGCUGCGUCAAACACAUGAUCCUAAAAGUGCGACGUGACGCCAGGAACUUUGAGCGGUACCAGCACAACCGAGACCUGGUGGUGUUCCUGAACAAGUUUGCAGACACCAGACUGGAACUGCCCCGAGGGUGGGAGAUCAAGAGUGACCCCCAGGGGAAGUCUUUCUUCGUGGACCACAACAGUCGAGCCACCACAUUCAUCGACCCUCGAAUCCCCCUCCAGAACGGCCGACUGCCCGGACACCUGGCACACAAACAGCACCUGCAGAGGCUCCGCAGCUACAGCGCCGGAGAGGCGUCUGACGUGUCCAGGAGUCGUGGUGCGUCUCUGAUGGCCAGGCCUGGAAACAGUCUGGUUGCCGCCAUUCGCAGUCAGCAUCAGGCCGACGCCCACCUGGCCGCUCCAUCCUACAACGACAAGAUCGUGGCGUUCCUUCGACAGCCCAACGUGUUCGACCUUCUGCAGGAGCGCUACACCAACCUGAACAAGAACCACGCACUGAGGGAGAAGAUCCACUACAUCCGAACUGAAGGUUCUCAGGGUUUGGGGAAACUGUCCAGUGAUGAGGACCUGGUCAUUCUGCUCAGUAUGUUUGAGGAGGACAUCAUGUCCUACGUCCCCCCUCAGCCCGUCUACCCAGGGUUCAGCUUCUCCCCUCGAUGUUCUCCGGCCUCUUCACCGCAGAACUCACCAGGUCUUCAGAGGGCUCGUGCUCCUGCUCCGUAUCGCAGAGACUUUGAAGCCAAGCUCAGAAACUUCUACAGGAAGUUGGAGGCAAAAGGAUACGGACAAGGACCAGGAAAGACCAAGUUGGUCAUCAGGAGGGAACAGCUGUUGGAGGUCACCUUUAACCAGGUCAUGUCCUACUCCAGGAAGGAGCUGCAGAGGAACAAACUCUAUGUCACCUUCAUGGGGGAGGAAGGGUUGGACUACAGCGGUCCUUCCAGGGAGUUCUUCUUCCUUUUGUCUCAGGAGCUCUUUAACCCUUAUUAUGGGCUGUUUGAAUACUCGGCCAACGACACCUACACCGUUCAGAUCAGCCCCAUGUCUGCGUUUGUGGAGAACCAUCUGGAAUGGUUCCGCUUCAGUGGGCGGAUCCUGGGUCUGGCUCUGAUCCACCAGUACCUGCUGGACGCCUUCUUCACCAGACCCUUCUACAAGGCCCUGCUCAGACUACCCACAGACCUGUCGGACCUGGAGUACCUGGAUGAGGAGUUCCACCAAUCACUGCAGUGGAUGAAAGACAACGACAUCACAGACACCCUGGACCUGACCUUCACUGUGAACGAAGAGGUGUUCGGACAGGUGACGGAGCGGGAGCUGAAGUCUGGCGGCUCCAACCUCCAGGUGACGGAGAAGAACAAGAAGGACUACAUCGAGCGCAUGGCCAAGUGGAGGGUGGAGCGGGGGGUGGUGCAGCAGACGGAGGCCCUGGUCCGAGGGUUCUAUGAGGUGGUGGACUCCAGGUUGGUGUCGGUGUUCGACGCCCGGGAGCUGGAGCUGGUGAUGGCCGGAACGGUGGAGAUCGACCUGAGUGACUGGAGGAGCAACACCGAGUACAGAGGAGGUUACCAUGACAGCCACAUCGUCAUGCGUUGGUUCUGGGCGGCCGUCGAACGCUUCAACAACGAGCAGCGCCUUCGUCUGCUUCAGUUCGUCACCGGCACCUCCAGCGUUCCCUACGAAGGCUUCGCAGCGCUACGAGGUUCCAACGGCCUCCGACGCUUCUGCAUCGAGAAGUGGGGCAAGACCACGUCCCUGCCCAGGGCUCAUACCUGCUUUAAUCGUCUGGAUCUGCCUCCGUACUCCUCCUACCAAACCCUGUAUGAGAAGCUCCUGGUGGCUGUGGAGGAAACCAGUACCUUUGGACUGGAAUGAAGGGGGGGGGGGGCAGGGUUCCGCCGGGCCGACUCCUCCCACCGCACCGCCUCCACGUGUCCUCAUCCAAUCAGGACUGUGCAGUGUGCGGUCAUGUGGGUGUAUAUAGGUCCCUGUUGUGUGUACCUCGGCCGCUGCAGGACCAGCACUACUUUUUCUAUCGUCGGUCCUGGUUCAGAUCUGAACCUGAACCAGUGCACGGCUUUGGAAACAGACCUGUAUGAACCUGUAAAUACACACAGACACAAACUGGACACACAGAUGUACGCAUGCAUGGACCGAAGCCAACAACCGUCCACUGGAUGGACACCACAGGACGCUCCGACACCGAGUCACAUG